AUGACUGCCUAUCCGACCGCAUUCCGUUUUUUCCGUUGUACUCGCUUUCCCGGCACAAACCCCGAGGACCCACCCGACGCCUGCCGACCGGUCCCUCUGAAACACUCCCGGCCUGCCAGAAGGGUUGCUGGCGUCGGGUCCCACCCUCCGCCCGGCCCCCUUCGGCAGCCAGGAAAGACGGAAACCGGUCUUGUAGGCCUCACCAAAUCCAGGGGAGAUGGGUCGUUCAACUUCAGCUUGUGUCAUCACUCAUAUUGCCAGGCCUUGUACAGUCUCGUACCCGCCAGCCAAGAUGAGUUUGGAAUGGAAACAUGCUCUGGUCAAACCGUCAACAACAUGCGCAAUUGGACGAGGACACGUGCAUGGCCAGCGUUCCUUGCCGGCAUCUGGAUAUCAUCCGUCCUCCUACUUCAAAAGUGUUUUCUUGUCUCUCAGGACAGAGCUGUCGACGCUGUGGUUGGUCCGCUUUUUGCUGGGAAGCGCAAGCGUGGCUUUUUUAGGAGUUGCCGGCCGAAGGGUAGAGCGGCUCGGCCGGAGGUUCGUCCUUUUCUUAUCUCGGUUUGGAGUGAUCCGAUUAUCAUGAGUGGGUUCACCCAGCCGAAGUUUCGGGCACAUGGCAGCUCCGGAUUCGCUUGCUCCCUCUUUUCCUCCCUGCUGAAAUCGGUCCGGAGUUGGGCUCUGGAUGAAGAGGAUCGGAGAGCGGGUGGAAGCAAGGAGUGCAUCCAGCCAGUCAGUCAGACGAUCAAGCUAAAAGGAUGGGUCGUAUUUGGCAAGUCAUCGUAUCGCCAUUCUCUCAUCACUAUGUAG